AUCAACAUGUCAGACAUCAUGUAGGCCUACAUUUUUAAGCAGUUCUGGUAUUUGGGAUAAGAGAGGAUUACAGGAAAACAUCAGAAUGCUUUUGGCUGAAGCGAAAGUGAAACAGCCCGAUGAACACAUUUAAGGCGAGACUGCAAUGAAAUGCAUGUCACACAGAGGAGCAUCGACGUUAGAGAGCGCAAGGUUUGGUACAAUAUCUAACAUGAGCCUCCAGGUUUGCAACUGCUGCGGAUGGUCCAAAGUUACGACCUACCAGGGCCUGAGGACUCACCAGGGGAAGAUGGGGUGCACACAAAAGGGGAUGAGGAUCCCUGAAAGUGAACAGUUCAGAAGGAGUUACCUACCGAAAUAUACAUACCUGGGACCUUCAAUCAAAGUAGAAGAGCCUUUUACCAAUAUUUUCACCCCUUCUAUCAAGUCUGUGGUUGAACAGAACGUCUGGAGAAAUCUAUGGGACGAACCUCAGGACAGCGGACCAAUUAACAGCUCUCAAGUCAGGAAGGAGAAUGUGCCUGUGUCUCCAAACCUCACCACCCAAAUGAUUACAACAGAUGCCGCACUAAUGCAGAUGUUCACAUCAUUGUUUGAAACCCAACAGCACUUGUCCACAGACUCAAACCAAACUCAUCGAGCACUUGAUUUCUCCAGUAGUGAACAGCCAUUUGUGAUGCCGGUGUCACAGACCCUCAGCACCCAAGCGAAUCCUGACGCCUCAGAGGUCAUGAUGAAGCAGACAAGCAAAUCAUUUUUUGAAACUCCACAGCGCUCUCAUCAAACAGCCACCAACUUUGACAAAGUUGAUCAAGCGCAUGAUUUCUCCACGGGUGCACAGCAGCCUUUCAAGAUGCCAGUGUCACAGACCCCCAGCAACCAAAAUAAUCCUGCAGUGAAGGAGACAAACAAAUCAUUAUUUGAAACUCCACAGCACUCUCAUCAAAGUACCACCAAAGCUUGUCGAGGGCUUGAUUUCUCUGCUGCUGCACAGCAGGUGGAGCCACUGGUCUGGGAUCUUCCAACAACCACAGCUCAGGAAACAACAGUCCCAAAAAAGGAGGAAGAGAGGGAGGCUCAAAAGCUAUUAAAGAAUGUGGCUUUGCCUCCAUACUCCACCACCCAAAUGAUGCCCGCAGCCACAGAAGCAGCUAUAGAGACGACCACAUCAUUGUCUGAAACUCAACAGCCCUCUCAUCAAACCGCCACCAAAACACGUCGAGCACUUGAUUUCUCAGCUGGUGCACAGCAGGUGGGACAACUGAUCUGGGAUGUUCCAACAACCACGGCUCAGGAAACAGCUGUCAGACCAACAGAGAAAGAGAUUAAGAAAGAGAGGGAGGCUCAAAAACUUCUACAGGCAAGGCAAGACAGGAUAAGUGCUGAUUUACAACAGAAAAUCCAGAUGAGACAACAAAAGAUUGCUGAAGUCAGAUCCUCUGUAAAGGCCAGCAAGGGCAGCUUGGAUACUGAAUGGCUGGAGAUCAACAAUGUGUUCUCAGAGGUGUCGAGAGUGGUGGAGGACGCUCGGCAGAAAGCCCUUCAACCUCUCGAGGAGAGGAGACAGAUCCUAAAGAGAGAAGCACGAGAUCUGGUCCAGAAACUGCAAAAGGAAAUUGACAAACUCAAAAAGACCAUUGAUGUGUUGGACAAAAAUCCAGAUUUGCAGGUUUCUCUUCUAACAGGCCUGGAUGAAUCUCGGGAUUGGAAUAAUGUAGCUGUUGACACUUCAUUCUCCUUUGGUACACUAAGAACUACAACAUCAAACAUGAUGGAGCAAAUUCACCAGAAAUUAGAAAAUCUCUCUUCCGUUGAACUCAAGAGGAUCCCCACAUUUGCAGUGGAUGUAAAGCUGGACCCAACCACUGCACAUCGAUGCCUUGUUCUUUCUGCCGAUGGGAAGAAAGUGAGGGAUGGAGCAAAGAACCAGAAAGUUCCUGAUGCUCCAGAGAGGUUUGACAUGUUUGGCAGCGUCCUUGGGCUCAACAGGUUGUCCUCUGGAAAGUCAUACUGGGAGGUGGAUGUCAGUAAAAAGACAGGAUGGGAUCUGGGUGUGGCAAGACGUGAUGCAAACCGCAAAGGGAAACUCUCGCUGACCCCAGAUAAUGGUUACUGGGUUACUGUACAUUAUGAAGAUGAAAAGUACGCAGCCCUGACAGCACCACCGAGACAGACCCUAAAGAGAGAAGCACGAGAUCUGGUCCAGAAACUACAAAAGGAAAUUGACGAACUCAAAAAGACCAUUGAUGUGUUGGACAAAAAUCCAGAUUUGCAGGUUUCUCUUCUAACAGGCCUGGAUGAAUCUCGGGAUUGGAAUAAUGUAGCUGUUGACACUUCAUUCACCUUUGGUACACUAAGAACUACAACAUCAAACAUGAUGGAGCAAAUUCACCAGAAAUUAGAAAAUCUCUCUUCCGUUGAACUCAAGAGGAUCCCCACAUUUGCAGAGUCUACAGAUUUCCAGUUUUCUAAAACAAAAUGUGGCAAAUGAAAAGAGCAGCAACAUCUCUCUGUGAUGCAUGCAGAAGCCACAAUAAACCUUGCUAGGUUCCUUAAUUUAUCAGUAACACUCUACUACUAUGUUUUCAUGCUUUUAUCUUGUAGUGUUUUUUGUAUUAUUGUCUUUACACUUGUUAAAGUACUUUGUAACUUGUUUUUUUAAAAAGUGCUCUACAAAUAAGGAUUAUUAUUAUUAUUAUUACUUCCCAUAAAAAGUUAUCAGUAAACAAAAAGAAGAAGAAACUCAUGAAGCAACAUGAGUGCACUUUGCAUGUUUUUGAAAGGUUGCAACACAUGGCAUUCUGUUGAAUUCCAAGUGUUGUAAUGAUAAUUGCAAACAUUACUACACCACUGGUCAGUUGUUUGGCCUGAAUUAAUUCAUGCUUUUUCAUGCAUGAA